AUGAGAACUGUCAUAAUAACUGUCACUUCUGGUAUCCUUGCGAUAGAAGUAGCAUGGCAUUUAUAUAAGUUAUAUAAACGUUCUCGAAGAGAAGUUAAUGUUAAGGUUAAUGUUUCCAAUGGUGAUACUAAACUGUUUUGCAAAAAUACAAGAACAAAAACAAAUAUCUUCGAAGUCAUGUUUUUUUCAAAAGAUUCUUCUUUAUGUCGAUCACACUUGGGAUAUAUGACAUCAUGUGAAAAAGUUAAUUGUCCAGUAAGACACUUGAGGAAGAUUAUAAAAUAUUUAGAUUCUGCAACCGAUACUUUGGAUGCAUGUGUAUAUUUCUUUACAUUCCCAGAGUUAGCAGAGGCAAUUAUAAAAGCCAAGGAAAGAAAUGUUACUGUAAGAAUAAUAUUAGAUGAGUCUAUGUCACAAAAUGAUACAAGCCAAAUAAUGAAUUUUUAUAAAGAAGGUAUUAAACUAAAGUCGAAACGAUUAGAUGUCUUGAUGCAUCAUAAAUUUGUUAUUAUCAAUAACAACAUUUUAAUAACCGGUAGUGUAAACUGGACAAAAUCAGCAUUUUUUGGAAAUUUUGAAAAUUUAAUAGUGACUAAUGAGCCAGCAUUAGUUAAACCGUUUGUAGAGGAGUUUGAAAAGAUAUGGACGACGCUCAGUAAUAUAACUACAGAAACUGAUUUUAGAGAUUUAAAUGCUACAAUUUAAUAAACGUUUUGUUUUACAUUUGAAAAUAUUUAUGUUAAUUAAGCAAAGGAUAUUUAUUUUAUUAUUUUUUUAUUUAUAUAUUAUAGAAUGAUGUUCUUAAUUGUGACAAACUGAAUUGUUUACAGUUUAGACUAUAAGACAAUAAUACUUUAAUUGAUACUUAACUUUACCAAUACUUAACUUUACUUAACUUUAACUUAUCCAAAGAUUAAUUUUUAAUUUAAAUAUUAAAAGUUAAGAUAAAG